AUGGGGGAAAAUGAGGAUGAGAAGCAGACCCAGGCUGGGCAGAUAUUCGAGAACUUUGUCCAAGCUUCCACAUGCAAAGGUACCCUUCAGGCCUUCAACAUCCUCACCCGACACCUGGACCUAGACCCUCUGGACCACAGAAACUUUUAUUCCAAGCUCAAGUCCAAGGUGACCACCUGGAAGGCCAAGGCCCUGUGGUACAAACUGGACAAGCGUGGGUCCCACAAAGAGUAUAAGCGAGGAAAGUCUUGUAUGAACACCAAGUGUCUCAUCAUUGGGGGAGGACCGUGUGGUCUGCGCACUGCCAUUGAACUUGCCUACCUGGGGGCCAAAGUGGUCGUGGUGGAGAAGAGGGACACCUUCUCCCGGAACAACGUGUUGCACCUCUGGCCUUUCACCAUCCAUGACCUGCGAGGCCUGGGAGCCAAGAAGUUCUAUGGGAAGUUUUGUGCCGGCUCCAUCGACCAUAUCAGUAUUCGUCAGUUGCAGCUCAUCCUAUUCAAGGUGGCCUUGAUAUUGGGGGUUGAAAUCCAUGUGAAUGUGGAGUUUGUGAAGGUUCUAGAGCCUCCUGAAGAUCAAGAAAAUCAAAAAAUUGGCUGGCGGGCAGAAUUUCUCCCUUCAGAUCACUCUCUGUCGGAAUUUGAGUUUGAUGUCAUCAUUGGCGCGGAUGGCCGCAGGAACACGCUGGAAGGGUUCAGAAGAAAAGAAUUCCGUGGGAAGCUGGCUAUCGCAAUCACUGCCAACUUCAUCAACAGAAACAGCACGGCUGAGGCCAAGGUGGAAGAGAUUAGCGGCGUGGCUUUCAUCUUCAAUCAGAAAUUUUUUCAGGAUCUUAAAGAAGAAACAGGGAUUGAUCUAGAGAACAUUGUUUACUAUAAGGACUGCACCCACUAUUUUGUCAUGACUGCCAAGAAGCAGAGCUUGCUUGACAAAGGUGUCAUCAUUAAUGACUAUAUCGACACAGAGAUGCUGCUGUGUGCGGAGAAUGUGAACCAGGACAACCUGCUUUCCUAUGCACGCGAGGCUGCAGACUUCGCCACCAACUACCAGCUGCCGUCUUUAGACUUUGCCAUGAACCAUUACGGGCAGCCCGACGUGGCCAUGUUCGAUUUCACCUCCAUGUAUGCCUCCGAGAAUGCAGCCUUGGUGCGCGAGCGGCAGUCACACCAGCUGCUCGUGGCCCUCGUGGGCGACAGCUUGCUUGAGCCAUUCUGGCCCAUGGGCACUGGCUGUGCCCGUGGCUUCCUGGCAGCCUUUGACACUGCGUGGAUGGUGAGAAGCUGGGACCAGGGCACUUCGCCCCUGGAGCUUCUGGCUGAAAGAGAAAGUCUUUACCGACUGUUACCUCAAACGACCCCAGAGAACAUCAACAAGAACUUUGAGCAGUACACAUUAGACCCGGGGACACGGUACCCAAACCUCAACUCAAACUGCGUCAGGCCCCAUCAGGUGAAGCAUUUGUACAUUACUAAGGAGCUGCACCAGUAUCCUCUUGAGAGGCUGGGCUCAGUGAGGAGAUCCGUCGGCCUCUCCAGGCGAGAGUCAGACAUCCGGCCCAGCAAGCUCUUAACCUGGUGCCAGCAGCAGACCGAGGGCUACCAGCAUGUUAAUGUCACCGACCUGACCACAUCCUGGAGGAGUGGUCUGGCCCUGUGUGCCAUCAUCCACCGCUUCCGGCCUGACCUGAUCAACUUUGACUCUUUGAACGAAGACGACACUGUGGAGAACAACCAGCUGGCAUUUGAAGUGGCGGAGCGUGAGUUUGGCAUCCCCCCAGUGACCACAGGCAAAGAGAUGGCAUCGGCCCAGGAGCCCGACAAGCUCAGUAUGGUCAUGUACCUCUCCAAGUUCUACGAGCUCUUCCGGGGCGCCCCUCUGAGGCCUGUGGAUUCCUGGCGUAAAAACCACGAAGAGAAUGCCGACCUUGGCUUGGCCAAGUCAUCCAUUCCUCAUCACUAUCUCAACCUCACGUUUCCGAGGAAGAGGACUCCGCGAGUGGACAGCCGGACCGAAGAGAAUGACAUGAACAAGCGGAGGCGGAAGGGCUUCAACAACCUGGACGAGCCUUCAGCCUUUUCCAGCCAGAGCUUGGGCUCCAAUCAAGAGGGCAUUAAGGAAGGUGGAAAUCAGAACAAAGUCAAGUCCAUGGCAAGUCAGCUGCUGGCCAAGUUCGAGGAGAGCUCGCGGAACCCCUCAAUCCUGAGGCAGGAGCACCGUGUCUCAGGGAUAGGUAAGCCUAUACUGCGCUCUUCCUCUGACCCUCCUGUUAACUCUCGCUGUCCCAAGCCGGAGGAGCCCACACCCAGCCCAUCACCAACCCUGAAAAGGCAGUUCCCCUCCGUGGUUGUGACAGGGCAUGUGCUCCGAGAGCUAAAGCAAGUGUCUGCUGGUGGCGAGUGUCCAACCAGGCCCUGGAGAGCCCGAGCCAAGUCUGACCUGCAACUGGGUGGGCCAGAAAACCUUGCCAGCCUGCCUCCCACCUGCCCAGGAGCGCUGGCCCUCUCUGGGGUGCUGCGGCGGCUGCAGCAAGUAGAGGAAAAGGUUCUCCAGAAAAGGGCUCAGAACUUGGCCAACAGGGAAUUUCACAAAAAGAACAUUAAGGAGAAGGCGGCUCACCUUGCCUCCAUGUUUGGACACGGGGAUUUCCCACAGAAUAAACUACUCUCUAAAAGCCUGUCUCAUACUCAUCCUCCGUCUUCUCCCUCCUGCCUUCCAUCUCCUGAUUCAGCUGCUACUUCCUCUCCAUCAACUGUUGACUCUGUUUCUCCUGCCAGAAAGCUGACAGUAGGGAAAGUAUCCAGCGGAAUAGGGGCUGCAGCUGAAGUUCUGGUCAAUCUGUACUUGAAUGAUCACAGACCUAAGACUCAGGCCACCUCUCCAGACUUGGAGUCCGUACGGAAGACGUUUCCCCUGAACGUGGGUGGCAGCGACACCUGUUACUUCUGCAAGAAGCGCGUGUAUGUCAUGGAGCGGCUGAGCGCAGAGGGCCACUUCUUCCACCGGGAGUGUUUCCGCUGCAGCAUCUGUGCCACCACCUUGCGCCUGGCCGCCUAUGCCUUUGAUGUUGACGAAGGCAAGUUUUUCUGCAAGUCUCAUUUCAUUCACUGUAAGACCAACAGCCAGCAACGGAAGAGACGGGCAGAGUUGAAGCAACAAAGAGAGGAGGAGGGGAUGUGGAAAGAGCAGGAAGCCCCUCGGCUAGACCCUCCCGCGGAAAGUUCUUGCGCCGCCGCCGCCAUCGCCACACCGGAAGGCAGCCCCCCAGAUGAGCCAACCUCCCCCAAGAAGCCCAAGAGCGUUCCGGAGCUCGAGCCUGGGGAUAUGGCAGGUGGAGCUGCCUCCCCGCUGCCCUCUGAGUGGACCGCGGUGAGGAUCAGCCCCGGGGAGGAUGUGGUUGGACAGGACGUGCUGGCCGUGCGCGUCCUGGUCACCAGCGAUGACAGCAGCUCCGAUGCAGAGCCGGACCGUGGUGACAGUGAGGCCUCCAGUGCAGAGCCCUUUGACGAAAGACCCCGGCGGCCGGAACUCCACCUCCCAGCCUUCCUGAAGCCCCUCUCCCGGCAUAGCUCUCUGAGAGAGACCCUGACCGGGGCAGUCUCUCCACACGACCUUGGGGAGCCCGAAGCUGUGCCUGCUCUGCAGCGGGCCAAUAGUUUCCAAUGUCCAACUCCCAGCGAAUACCAGAGUGGGAGAAGAUUCCAGUGCAAUUUGAUACCAGUGAACCACAAAAUGACUGUGUCGCCUCCAAAGGAAGCUUGUCCUCCCCCACCUUCUCCUUCUCCACCCUCAUCUUCCUCAACUGGUGACCUGAACGCCCUGGGCAGUCCCUCCCUGCCUCAGGUGACAGCUUUCAACACCCCCUCACAGGUCUCCAGAGGUCAUUUCAGUCCAUCCACCCCCAUCUUUCUGAGGCGUGCCAAAGCCCAUGGACCACCCAAGGAUCUCCCCCUGCGUCUGCCUGGGCAGGUACUGGAGCGGACAGAAUACUGCCUGGUGAGGCCUGGUGGAGACAACCUCAAGAGCUCCAGGCCAUCCAGCCCUGCAGAGGUGGCUUCUGAUGGGUGUCAGGAGGCAGUGACCCCUCCUAGGGACAUCAGAAGCAUCCACAGCGGUCCACACCCCACUGAAGGGAAGGACAGGUGCUUGCCAGACCACCUGCUGUCUCCCUGGGCCGGAGAGAAGCCUGGAGAAGGGAGUACCAGACCCAGGAGGGUAGAGGAUGGUGGGUUAGAGCUGGCAGAGGAGAAGUCAGGCUUAAAGAAGUUGGUUCUCACUCCAGAGCAGAAGACUUGGUUGUUGGAUUGGAAUGACUCCAACCUUGAGAACUUGCAGCUGGAAACCGGGGCACGACUUCCCCAAAAGAACACUAAAAAUGGUACAGGAGGCCAUGUGCUGAAACCAGUCCGCCCCUUGCUGCUCCCUCAGGCAGAGAAAGAGACCUUGCCAGCCCAGAGACAGUCUCAGGAGAAGAUGGGGGCCCCAGCUGAACGGGCUCCUGGGGAGCGAAGCGUGGCCCCACCCAAGUCUCCACUGCGGCUCAUAGCCGACGCCAUCCGGAGGUCCCUGGAGCCGCUGCUCCCCAACUCUGACGGUGGGAGGAAGUCCUGGGCCAAGCCAGAGUCAAAGACUUUGCCCACUAGCCAGCCUCAUGCUCAUACUCGCUCAUUCAGCUUUCGGAAAAGCAGCUCCAGUAAAGACAGCGAUCAGCCAUCCCCCAAGAGAGACAUGGCAAGCAAGGCCUCAGCCUUCUUCUCCCUGGGCUCCCCGACUGCAAGGACUGCCCAGCCCUCCGCCCCGAGCCCUGCCGCCCCUGCGCUUUGCAGCCACAGCUUGCCCAGCCGCUCAUCCAAGGUGUUCCCUGCGCUUGUGUCCCCACCCUGCGGCAAGAUCGAAGAUGUCCCCACACUCCUGGAGAAAGUGAGUUUGCAGGAGACAGUCCCAGAUGCUUCCAGGGUUCCCAAGAAAAGGACCUCACUCUUCUCCUUCAGACUCAAAGACAAGUCUUUUGAGAGUGCCCUCCAAGAAUCUGGGCCAAGAAAGGACCCCCAAGACCUCUUCAGCAGCCCCAAGGGGAAGGCGCCGCCCAUGGGCAAUGCCCAGCCCCCAGAGAAGCAGGUGCAGCCAGUCAGUAGCACCUGCCUGGUGCAGAGGGUCCCUCCUCCUUCUCCAGAGAAAGAUGCAAGUCCCACGCAUGUCCCCACCAGAGCACAGGAGACAGGGACUGUCUCUUCCACCUCUUCCUCCUCCGCAGAUGAGGAAUUCCACCCCCAGCCUUCCUCAAGGUCAAAGGAGAGGAAGACACUCAGAAGAAGGAGGAAGCUGGAAAAAGCAACAAAACAAUUGGUUAAGCAAGAAGAAUUGAAAAGACUUCAUAAAGCUCAGGCCAUCCAGAGGCAGUUGGAGGAGGUGGAGGAGCGGCAGAGGGCUUCCGAGAUCCAGGGCGUGAGGCUGGAGAAGGCGCUGCGAGGAGAAGCAGAUUCAGGCACACAGGAUGAAGCACAGCUUUUGCAGGAAUGGCUUAAGCUGGUUCUGGAGAAGAAUAAAUUAAUGCGAUAUGAGUCAGAGCUCCUGAUCAUGGCCCACGAACUAGAACUGGAAGAUCAUCAAAGCAGACUAGAGCAGAAAUUAAGAGAGAAAAUGCUCCAGGAAGAGAGCCAGAAAGAUGAGAAUGAUCUGAAUGAAGAGCAAGAAAUACUCACAGAGAUGAUGCAAGUGAUUGAGCAAAGGGACAAACUGGUGGAUUCCUUAGAGGAACAACGCAUCAGAGAGAAGGCCGAAGACCAUCACUUUGAAAGCUUUAUAUUCUCUCGGGGCCGUCAGCUGAGCAGGAUGUGA